UCGGCUUCAUUAAAGUAAACAAUUUGGCAGUGGGUUGGAUGUGUUUAGCUUCAGCAGUCCCCACUGGCACUGGCUCUGCGCUGUUAAAUAAAUGCAGGAGGCUUAACUUUCGUGAAAGGACGAGUGAACGAGCGAGCGCCGGUGCAGUGCGCGAGAAGCACUCGCUCUAGUCGCUCUUUGAACUCCGCCAAGUGCGCACAUCAAAUUUAGCCGUGCUCCCGAUUCCAGGUGGAGUUCAACCAUACCGACGUGAAAUCCGAUCGCAAGUCGAUUGAUCUCAAAGAGUGAGCUAUUUCUGAAAAACUGUUUUUUCGACUGCAGAUCUAUUUAUAGCAGCAGGAAGAGCAAAGAUCGCGAGAUCUGCAGCAUCGACCGGAGGACGAACCUAGUUCGUCGUCGUCGCAUCACUUGCCAUUAAGCCUGUUGGCAGAGGUCCAAGAGGCAAAGAGGAAAAAGAAGCUCAGCUCCAAAAUUUCCUCGUUCGUGAGAAUUCGCGCCGAAAAGGCUCAAAAAAUGCGUAGCAAGAAGGAGGAGAAAACGGUGGUGCCACCUGCCGGCGCGGAUCAGUCGUGCACUGAUCCUGAAUCGCUGCAGGAGUCACUGUCAAACAAACUCGGAGAAAUGGCCUCGAAGAAGAAGCAGGACGAAAAGAACCUGAAGCUGCUGCGCGAGUUAACCUCGCAGGUGUGCAACAAGCACUGCUUCGACUGCCAGCAGCGUGGUCCAACCUACGUCAACAUGACCAUCGGCUCCUUCGUGUGCACCACUUGCUCCGGCCUCCUCCGAGGCCUGACACCACCGCACAGAGUCAAGUCAAUCUCGAUGGCCAGUUUCACUGAUGAAGAAAUUGCCCUGCUCAAGUCAAGAGGAAACGAGUACUGCCGGAGGGUUUGGCUCGGCCUCUACGAUUCUGCUCAAGUAACAGACGUGUCUGACGACAGCCACGUGAAGGACUUCAUGGUGAAUAAGUACGAGCGGAAACGCUACUACCUCGACCCCAGCAAAGUUUCCCUGCCAAAGCCGGCGCCGUCUCCGCAGCUCCCUCAGCCGCAGCACACUUCGACGCCACUCGCGAGACCAUCGAUGGCGCUUCCGAGGACCGUUCCAAGUAUCGUCUCGCCCAACAACAACCUCAACAGAAUCAAGGUGGACCCAUUCUCGCCGCUUACCAACGGACCAGUUUCGGCGCCGCCGCCGCCACCGCAGGACAACUUUGCCAACUUUGAUAAUGUGCCCAUCUUCAAUGCUGCUGCAGCUGCGCCGCAAAAUUCAACUCCAGUUAAAAAUCAGUCAAACAAGUACUUUGAGGAUCUCAGUUUUCUCGACUCCGUCUUCACUACUCCGUCCGCCACACAAGCAUUCACACCCAAUAAUAACAUGUCAUGGUUAAAUCCGUGGCCUAAUAUGCCGCCAAAUUCUGUUUCAACCCCACCUAUGGCGAUCGUUAAGAAAGAUGUCAGCUCUGAAGACCGAUAUGCUGCACUGAAAGAUCUGGACUCGAUGAUGAAAGGAGAAGCAAUCUCAAGCUCCCCAUUCAACAGCAGCAGCAGCGUUUUCGACUCGGCACUAUCUCAAAACCAGUCAAGCGCCGUCACUCCAAUGUUCCUAUCGCCAGACUCGACUAAUUCGAAUCCAGGCAACCCAUUCGCCGCAGUGGCAGCCAGCUCGCCGCCCAGCAGCACAAAAACUAAUCCGUGGGACUCGUCUCCCUCUUUCCCAAACCGGGCAACCAACAACCCAUUCGAGAGCGUUGCGCCCGCCACAAACGGCCCUUCCGAAUUUGGCUGGAGCGCUAACUUCCAAGACGCGUUCAACGGCAGCAGCAGUCCCUUCAACACCAUCAACCAGGAGAACAACAACAAGAACUGGGCCUUCAACUCAAACAAUGGAUUCACCAAUGGAUUCAAUUCCAUAAACAGUGGUUUCAACAAUCCGUUUUCACUUGGAGGAGCUGCGCCGAAUAAUUCCAGCAACCCAUUCCUCUGAGAAUGUUCAGCGAGCGAGCUAUGAUGAAUAACAAGUGAGUAAAUUGAAAAAUCGCAUUUCAAAGAACACCUCUUCAAUGGACAUACCUGCUUAAAACUUGCUAUUAAAUUAUCAAUAUGAAUCUGUUGAGAUAAAUAUAUAUGGUGAUACAUGACUUGCUACUUGGCUUAAGGUUUAAAUUGAUAUAUUUUGGUAGUGGAACAAAUCCUGUUUUUUGGAUGUGUGAAAGAAUUGCAAAAAUUUGAACCAUAUCUUAAUGAAAUUUGGUUCCAGGUUCAUGCUAUUAGUUGGGUUUUCCAUCAAAGGCCAACCAAAUAAAGAAUAUUUGGCACCUCAAACUGCUGUAUACUCUGCCAUCCAAAUUUUUGAGGGUUUGCAAAUUCAGAUGUAUCAAUUUCCACAAUUAAAAAAAUCGAGUUUUUUACAGUCACUCGAAAGGUGAAAACUAUUUUCACACUCAAGAUAACUAUCUAGAAUUCAUUAUUUAAUUAGUUCAAAAUCCACACCGCAUUAUUAUUUGCAAUUCAUAUUUACAUAUAAACAUGAGUUAAUAUAUUAUAUUUUAUCCUGUGUUAUGGACAAAUAAUUUGAUCAGUAAGCCGAUAUGAAAUCAUUUUGAUAUGACUUUGUCAAAUUUUAGUGCCGUGCUAAUCAGUGUGUUUGUUUGAUGGUAGGAAUGAUUUUGUGAAAUGGUUUUGAUUUGAUAUACUAUUAUGCAAAUGGGCACAAAACCCCUGUACUGAGCUUAUAUAUAUUUAGAGAAGAAAAUGCCUUACAUGCAUUGAAUGCUUGGCUUUCCUAUAAAAUGCCUUAAACGAUAAUCAUAAAAAAUAAAAUUCACAGUUUGAUAUUCGUGUAGAUCACAUCUAGUUGUCGUAACUGCUCCUUAGAGUGUGCUUGAAAGAUCUGAUGUACAUAGGUAUUAACGCGAAUUGAGCCUGAAGGAAAAAUAUGGAUUGCCGAACAUUAUUAUACACAACACACAUGGGCUAAUUUUCCAAACUACAUUUUCAUAUUUGUAAAUUAUCACAUCGAAAAUCAAGUAUGCUGGAUUCCAUCCAUUGCUGUGAUAAGAGAAUGAACAACUUUAUGUUAAAAGACGUUUUGGUUUGCUAAGUUAAAUGAAAUUCUAUGUAAAACGUCGUUUUUGAUGUAUGAGAAGGUCCAGAUAGCCCCCAAAAAACGUAAAAAAUAUACUGUAGAAUUUGCAAAUUACACAGAAAAUUAUUCUUUCUAUAAUUUAUAUUCUUACCAAAAUCUGUACCAUAUGUGAUAGAACCCUCAAUAAAUCUUUAAUAUUUAAACAA